UCUCUCUCUCUCUCUCUCUCUCUCUCUCUCUCUCUCUCGCCUUUGUGCGUAUAGACCUAGACAAUCACGUCUUCUAGCUUGUCAUGACUAGCUAAGAAGACUGCCUUAGAGUUAAUAUUUGACUAAAGAAAGAAGGACUGGGACUGUCUUUGCUGUGUUUUUGUAUCUUGUGCUAUUGAGUUCUGACAGAGUAUAUUGACACUACACCAGAGGACUCACCAAAACAAUCGGUGCAAUGGAGGUCCUGGUUUUGUUAGAUUUUGAGGGGACAAUGGGGGAUGAGAUAACAAUGCAUGCGGGUGAUGUGGUGAAGAACGUGACACCGUCCAGUGAGGAAGGCUGGAUGGAAGGAGAACUUCGGGGAAAGAGAGGCAUCUUUCCUGCUAACUUUGUCAAGGAGGUGCCUGUUUACUUAAAAGGAGACAGUAAGAGGGAGCCACGAAGCAUAAGACAUCCAAAGAUAAUGAAGGAGCAGUGCAGGAAAUGUGAAGUGACUUAUAACUUCACACCACAACACCAAGAUGAACUUGAGCUAGUUGUUGGGGAGAUCAUAGAGAUCAUCAGAGAGAUUGAAGACGGAUGGUGGAUGGGGAAAAAAGGUGGAAAAAUAGGAGCUUUUCCUUCAAACUUUGUGAAAGAAAUUUUUGUCUGUCCAAAAGAUUUGAAGAGCAGAGCUAAACUCUCUGAAGCUAUCUUCAUGAAAGAGGGAACACAACAACAGAGAGCAAGUAUACGCAAAAAGACAAACAUUAAAGAAUGUUGCCAAGUCAUGUUCGACUACGCGGCGAUUUCUGAGGAUGAGCUAGAUCUAAAGAAGGGAGAAAUUGUCACUAUCAUCAACAAGGUCACUGAUGAUGAGGGAUGGUGGGAAGGAGAACUGAACGGGAGAAGGGGCUUUUUCCCUGACAACUUUGCCAUGAUAAUCCCAAUGGAGGAUCUCCAAGAAAAAAGCCAACCACCGCUGAGACGUGGAACAUUAAAGCGUUCAGUAAAUCAAGCUCCUGGAAUGGAUAAAAUCAGCACUGAAGCAAACACAAAGACAGAAUCCAAAGAUGAGAAGUCAGAACCCAAAGAUCUAAAAAGUGAUAUUCCUGGAAAAAUAAAGCUGCCUAGUCUUUUCAAAACCACACCACCUCCCAUUAAAGACAAACCACAGAAGCCUGUAUCCAAGCUAAGUGAUGACCAGCCUCCUGUCUCACCAAAGCCCACAGAUUGUAAACCCAAAGAUUCAGACCAGUUUGAUGGAGUUGACGUGUCCUCUACUAAACUCAGCCAUCCCACAGCCAACAGGGUCAAACCUCCACAGAGGAGACCGCCAACACACACACCUGCAUCCGAUGACUCCAACCAAGCAUCAACAGAAACAAAUGGAGCCGAUUCAAAGCUUCCAGUUCCUCCCAAGGCCACGGGAAAUAAUUUACCAUCAAACAACAAGGCUUCAGCACCUCAGUAUUCCACUCAGACAGAGACAAAACCUGCAGAGUUACCAACACUGACGCAGGUUCUAGCUGAACUGAAAGAACUGCGCAUGGAGAUGGAACUGUUCAAAACCCGACAUGAUACAGACAUGAAAGAGCUUAAAGAUGAGCUCAAUGACGAAAGGAGCAAACGGAUGAAAUUACAGGAUGAGGUGCAAGUGCUGAGGAGGCAGAAGUAAUUACAGCUCAAUAAAGAUUUCAAUUUGAGAUUGUGGUUUUAAUGUGGCGUGUUGCUCUCAAUGGAAUGCUGAAUCAGGAUUUCAUGACACAGUGUGAGUUAUGACACAAUACUCACAGCAGUUCAGCCUUUCUGAAUAUAUAUUUACAAUAUUAUUUACAAUAUAUAUAUUAUUUACAAUAGGGCAAACUUCAUUCUAAAGGAUCUCUGAACAGCAAUUAUUGGUUAUACGACAAGAUAAAUGUUUUCCUUCACAGAAUAUUUUUGUGACACCAAGACUUUUAUUUUGGUUGCAUCUUACCAUGUACGCAUAUCAUUAUCUUUUUUGAAAACUUAUGUAAUGCUUUAAGGUUCACUCAACUAACAUUGUGUAGCACAUUAGUUAACAUUAACCAAGUCAAAGAUUCAUUGAUUUUAAUGAAUAACCUUUUAUUCUCAAAAUGAUAUACACCUUAAUCAAUGCUAUCAUUAUUGAGUGAAAAUAAAUAAUAUAAACAACACUGUCAUGAACCUGUUUGAGGAUGUUAAGUGACAACAUUAACAACUGAGGCUAAAAAAGCUAGUUAAUAAGCUAAUACUUAUUCCUUUAGACUUGUUCAGUUCAAGUACUAAUUGAUAUUGAAACAAAGCUCAGUUAAAAAGUUUGUUAACUUGCCUUGUAAUGUUCUUGACAUUAGGUUUAUCAGAGCUGAGGUUUAUAUUUUGUUAAUGUAAACCAAUGCAUUCAUGAUGUCAGUUAAGCGAACCUUUGAUGUGAAGUAUUAAUAUCAUUUUCUUUACAGUUUUAUAAGGUGGAAGAUGUUACAUCAGUGUAUUUCCCUAUAACAAAUGUGUAUAGAAUUAUAUGAUACAGAAUUAUGAGACUAAGAUGCACUUGGCUAAAAAAAUUCUUGCCUUGCUUUAGUUUGAACUGAGUUGUGUUACAGUUUUGACUAUUUAUUUGUGUACUAUACCACACCACAAAAGCUUUCUUAGGUUAAGGAUUAUGCUGUCUGCUUUUACAGAACUGCACUUUUACGUUAGGAUUUCAUUGUGACACUAGAGCUUCAUUAUUAAACUUGUGAGUUUAAGGUGAUGGAAUAAAAGUGGAUUUAUUAAAAUAACUAAUGUGACCUGGUAUCAGCCAUGUAAUAUAUUUUAUUAAUUAAACUCAAAUUAUUUGGGUAAUUGGCAUGGUGGAACAGCAGCUAGCAUUGCUACCUCACAUAGACAGAGCUGCUGACCGCAUAGCGUUUUUUUUAGCUUCUUUUAAAUAUUUUUAAGUGCAAAAAAAAGCAUGCCAUCAUUGGAGUGAAAUUUGACUAGUAUUCCUGUUUUUUUAUGGUUUUCUGUGGCAAUGGGUCUGACUGCCUUGCUGUUUUCCUUCUGUUCAGCCUUCAUUGUGAGUGUUGCAGUUAAACUCGUGAUGGCGUACAUGUUCAUUUCCACUGGUGUCAAACUCGUAGAUUAGAUAUUUAGCCUCCUUUAGACAAUCAUUUUUGUACCAUAAAUAUAAGUAAUAUAUUUAAAUAUUGUGAUCUCCAUAAUAUUUAAAUUUUAGAGCCAAAGCCUAAUUGAUACUUUGCCAGAAUUAUGUCAUUAUCUAUAUUAGCUAUAGUUUGUUGUGUAUGUGACAUAAUUGCACACAAGUGGGAUAAUUCUAUUUAUUAUGCAACUUCAUAAGUAUUACAUGCUUUAUUUGUAAACAGUUUUGCUAAUUGUGGGCUGUUUUGUAUAGAUUCAUGAUAUAAUUAUAUAUCAGUUCCAGUUUGUAUCACACCAGCAUGUGGAAAAAAGGGGUGAAUAUGAUGUCCUGACAGAAUAUAUAUGAUGUCCUGCUUUAUUACAUUAAUUUAAUAUCAAUUAUUUACAUAGGACAAUGUCAUUUGCUGUUGAAUUGUUUAUACAAUGCACAAUGAGCUAUCAGCAUUUACUACUUUUUAUUAUAUAACACUCGCAUACAAUCUAUAAAAUACCUCUUCUAGUAUAUCAUAAAUACUGUGUUAGUGUACCUGCUGACAUUCUAAUUAAAAUAGUCUCAUUUAUCUGAUUUGUCAGCACACUUCCUAACUGGCAUGCUGAUGAACACUAAAUAUUGCAAAUGAAUCUCUGAGUUUAUAAUAUAUAAUUAUUAUAUUAUAUAUUUGAACCUCUGAGUUUAUAAUAUAUAAUUAUAUAAUUAUUAUAUUAUAUAUUAUAUAAUCGGUAUAUAAUUUAUACGUAACAUACAGUACACACUGAAUAUAACUAUGUUUGCUUACUGACUUAGCUUAUUUUGUUGGUCAGCGUCUGUGCCGUAUAACAAAUCUAAUUUAAUUAGCAAUUUAUUUAGGUAGUGCAAACUGGUCAACCAGUUGUUGUUUUUUACCUCAAGGGGGUGGCAUUUAUCAGUUAAUUUUGUGUUGUAUCAAGUAGUAGUGUAAAAGGUUCAGAUGUGAACACACCUCAGACAGAUAGGCCACGUUCACACUGCAAGUCUUAAUGCUCAAUAUUAAGGGAUGCGGAUAUAUAUAUUCAGGAAUAUAUAUAUAUUCCUGAAUUCGUGACACUCUGUGCAGUUACACAUUGUAGACCUUUGUAUGUAGAUUCUCUUCAUUUUUUUGGGACUGUUACAAUGUAUACAAUACAAUGUCACUGAUAUAUGGGACACUUCCCUGCAAGACCAGCAGAGGGCAACCCUGUACGUUCUUUGGUUCUAUAUUUUUUUCCUUUCUUUAUUUAUUGGGCUUUGCUUUUACUGAUUAAUCAUCUUAUUAAAGCUCCUGUUUUCACAA